AUGCCUACAUCAAUGAUUGGGUUUCAUAAUCUUUUUUCUCUUGCAUCCCGCGAAAGAUGUAUGAUAAACUUUAAAAAGUUUCGUGUGCCAUUCACAAAGACAACUAAAGUGCCCAGCGGAAGUGCAGCGGUGCUGAUCCCCAUGUGCCGGGUCAACGAGCAGCCCACAUUGCUUUAUACUGUACGAUCGACUAAAUUAAAUAGCCACAGUGGUCAAAUUUCAUUUCCUGGUGGUAAGACUGAUGAAGGUGAGACUCCAGUGGAAACUGCUUUAAGGGAAACACGAGAGGAAAUAGGACUUUCUUCAUCCAAGAUAGAUAUUUGGGGAUAUGGACCUUCCUUUCCUGGGAAGGAUUUCAAAGUAAUGAUUACUCCUAUUAUAGCUUAUGUUCCGGAUUUCACUGUUGAUGAUUUAAAAAUUAAUGAAGAAGAAGUGUCUGAGGUGUUAGCCGUGCCUAUACAUAUUCUUUGUGACCCCAGUAACCAGUAUCAUACUCAAUUUAGAAAUGGAUUUGUCUUACCUGUAUUUUUGGCAGAAAAUUAUAAAAUAUGGGGUAUCACUGCUUAUAUUACUCACGUGUUUUUGACCUGUUUACUCCCUAAACACAUGUAUAGAAAUGAAUGGAUGAAAAAGAGAAUUACUUUAGAUGAGGACUGGGAACAGUAG